ACACGUACACGGAGGCUGCGGUAAUUGGUCGGUUAGACCGGUGAAACUUCCUCUACCAAAAAAAAAGUAGAAGCGUUCAGUUAUCCACGGAUCAUCAGUGAAAAAUUCUAAAACCAGCGGUCCCCCGCACGUGACGGCGUUUGGUUGGUGCAAUUUUGCGGGUGAAGAAAUUUUACCGGAAGAAGGAAGUACAUUUUCUUGGGGCACCCUUCCCGCUAGGGAUUCGGCAUGGAAACUGGAGCUCCGGCAAGGGGAAGAAAACCGUGCAAAGAAAUGGCCGAAGGUAAUGGUGAAGUGGUGGACGAAAUGGCGAACCAGAAAAUGGGCGAAGGCGCUGGUGAUGGCGAACGGACAGAAGACUACACCAAACUGCUAGAGUAUGGGCUCGACAAAAAGGUUGCCGGCAAACUGGACGAUAUCUACAAAACCGGCAAACUCGCUCACUCCGAACUGGACGAGCGAGCCCUGGAUGCACUGAAAGAGUUCCCCGUGGACGGUGCCUUGAAUGUGCUGAGCCAGUUCCUAGAAUCCAACCUGGAGCAUGUGUCGAACAAAUCGGCCUACCUGUGCGGGGUUAUGAAAACCUACCGACAGAAAAGCAGAGCCACCCAACAAGGACUUCCCACACCUGCAAUAACAGUACAAGCGAAAGGUCCCGACGAGGACAAGAUCAAAGCGAUUCUGGAACGCACAGGAUACACACUCGACGUGACCACAGGACAACGAAAGUACGGGGGGCCUCCUCCAAACUGGGAAGGUGGCACUCCGGGCAACGGUUGUGAGGUUUUCUGCGGUAAGAUACCAAAGGAUAUGUACGAGGACGAGCUGAUACCGCUGUUUGAGAAGUGCGGUAAAAUAUGGGAUCUCCGCCUGAUGAUGGACCCGAUGACGGGUACGAAUCGGGGCUACGCUUUCGUCACCUUCACCUCGCGAGACGCCGCCUGCAAUGCAGUGAGGGAGCUGAAUGAUUAUGAAAUUCGGAAAGGCAAAAAGAUUGGUGUUACGAUAUCAUUUAACAAUCACCGGCUCUUUGUCGGGAAUAUUCCUAAGAAUAGGGAUCGCGAUGAGUUGUUAGAGGAAUUUGCUAAAUACGCACCCGGCCUAAUGGAAGUGAUAAUCUACAGUUCACCGGACGACAAGAAGAAGAAUCGGGGAUUCUGUUUCCUCGAGUACGAAUCACACAAAGCGGCUUCGCUAGCGAAGCGGCGACUCGGAACAGGCAGGAUAAAGGUAAGGGUUUAG